CCGAUACAUAAUGGGUGUUUGUCGAAAUUUUAUCGUUUUGUGGACAGUAGCUUUAAGUCUAAUGGUGUGCGUGGUUUGUAAUAAUAACACUGAAGACAAUGACAGUUUAAUAACAAACAAGAAAACUCUCAGCGAAUGUAAUCUUCCAACUGAGUUAAAGACCGAAAUUGCUUCGUAUUCUUCGACUGUGGAAAAAAUUAUUAACGCGGCUGUUAAUGGAAGCUUCAAAGGAGUGACGUAUCGGGAAUUAAGUCUUUUUGUGGAUACUUUUGGUAGUCGGAUAUCAGGUUCCCAAAAUUUAGAAAAUGCAAUCGAUUACAUGAUAAAUAAAUCUAUAACUGACGGCCUUGAAAAUGUUCAUGGUGAAGACGUGCAAGUUCCACACUGGAUAAGAGGAUUCGAGUCUGCAACUCUCGUUGAGCCUCGAAACGUUAGUAUCUCUAUACUUGGUUUGGGCAACAGUGUCGGCACACCUCCUGAGGGAAUUUUAGCUGAAGUGUUGGUGGUGAAAUCAUUUGAUGAUCUACAAAGUAAAGCUGCACAGGCGAAAGGUAAAAUUGUUGUCUAUAAUCAAGAGUUUGUCUCGUAUGGAUCUUCAGCUGUUUACAGAGGCAAAGGUGCUACCGAAGCUUCUAGAGUAGGAGCUGUAGCAAGUCUUAUAAGAUCAAUUACCCCAUUUUCACUAAAUACGCCUCAUACGGGCGUGCAAAGUUAUGGGGAAAAUGUUACCAAAAUACCUACAGCUUGUAUUACUUUAGAAGACGCCCAUUUCCUACAAAGAUUACAGGACGAGGGUAGAACGAUCAAGAUUUUAUUAAAAAUGGAAGCUCAAACUCUUCCAGACACGACUUCCAGGAAUGUUGUUGCCGAAAUUGAAGGUACAGAACAUCCUGAAAAAAUAGUGAUAGUUUCUGGUCAUAUCGAUAGCUGGGAUGUUGGUAAUGGUGCUAUGGAUGAUGGUGGAGGCGUGUUUGUUUCUUGGGGAGCGCUAGCGCUUUUGAAAAGUUUAGGUCUGAAAGCUAAAAGAACCGUAAGGGCCAUAUUUUGGACAGCUGAAGAGUUUGGUUUUGUGGGAGCGUACCAAUACGCUAGAGAUCAUGCCAACGACACGGAUAAUUUUGUUUUUGUUAUGGAAUCCGACAUUGGAACUUUCAAUCCUGUAGGAUUAGAAUACAGUGGUGGUACUACUGGAAGAUGUAUAGUGCAGGAGGUUAUGAAACUACUUGCUUCAAUUAAUGCUACUGGAGUACGGCAGUCACCUUCAGUAGGAUCUGACAUCUACAUGUGGACUUCAAAAGGAGUGCCAGGUGCAUCUCUUGACACUGAAAAUGAUAAAUAUUUCUGGUAUCACCACUCAAAUGCAGAUACUCUAGAUGUAGAAAAUCCUGAUUCGCUAGAUAAAAAUACCGCUCUUUGGGCAUCGGUUGCUUACGUUUUGGCAGAUUUAAGUGUUGACUUUCCACGAGAGCUGAUGGAUGGAUAAGAAAGGAUAAUUUUAAGAUUAUUGUUAAAUGUACAUAUGUACCUACUAUCUUGGUGAUAAAAUCUAAUAAAUAAACACUUAAUAUUU